AUGCAGGCCUGGGCAGCCGACGAGACCAUGAACAAGCCGGCCUCGUAUGCCUCCUCGGCGGAGCCCUAUUCGGACGCAUCGCGGAGCAUGCAGGGCUGGACCGGCGGCGACAUCACCUCGGCGCCCGCCAGCACCCGCGCGGCGCCGAAAAUGCCGCCUGCCGCGGCCGCGACGGUGCACGGAAGGCCAGCGCCGCGCCAGCUACUGGUCCCCUCGGCACCGGCCGGCGCGCCCUUCGCGCGGUCCCCCGCCGCGCCCGGCGUCGGAUCCCCCGCGGCUGAGUCCCCCGCGGGCAGCGUGCGCGCGCGGCGGUGCAUCCUGCGCGCGUCCACGAUCCCAAACCUCAAGGCCAAUGUCGAUGCUGGGAACGCGGCCCAGGGCAGCAACUGGGCGGGCGAGGUCACGACGGAGCCUGCCGUCAUCCGGAAGUGGUCCUCGAUGCGCAACCCGUCGCCGAUGAACUCGGACGCGGCCUCGGACUCAUCGGAGCAGACGCGCGUGGUGCAGGCAUCCGCGGCGGGGACCACGCCGGAGCGCUCGCGCAGCCCCGCGGACCAGGCCGGGCAGAACGCGGCCGAGGGGGCCGGCGCGUCGCGCGCGGAGUCGUCCUCGGCCUACCCGCAGCCCCCCGCGACGCCCGCGCACAUCCGCGAGAUGUGGGCCAACGGCGGGACCGCCCGGAACACGUCCUUCCGGUCCGCGCGGCGCUCGUGCUCGGACUCCGACGGGCCCUCGACCGCGUCGAAGCCGGCGCCGAAGAUGUACAAGUCCUUCCGGACGCUCAACCCCGUGAAACAGUUUGAGGGGGAGGCCAAGGCGGCGCACCUGCAGCAGCAAAAGGGCCUGGCGAUGGCCGCGGGGAAGCUGACGCAGCGCGUGAUGCCGUUCUGA